AUGAGGUUUAUACAAGGUUCUUCUGUACCCAAAGAUCUGUUCAUAUUACUUGACACGAGUGGAAGUAUGACUGGCCAGUCAUUAAAACUGGCUAACUUAUCAGCUCAGAAAUUAAUUGAAGCUCUUGAUGUGGAUGAUUACUUCACUGUAGCACAUUUUCCUGGAGCUAAAGAUCAUGUUGCACCAAUGAUUGUCACAGCAAAUAAUGAAAGCGAACCAAUUUGUUUUAAUUCAUUUGUUCAGGCAACUAGACGUAAUAAAAUGCGCUUGUUUUACGAUUUGAGUACUUUAAAAGCACGUGGUUAUUCCGAUUUUCCAGCAUCAUUGAAAUUCGCUUAUGAAAUGUUUCGUAAUGUAAGUGAAAUUCUUACAGCUUUCAUAUUUUAGAAAUCCUUUAGUUUAACUAUCCCUUAUAUUAUAACGUUAACUGGUUUCAUAACAUGUAGACAACUAAAUGAUUGAAGACAGUUGAGAGGAAAUCCUAGAUAUAGGUUUCGUGAUAGCUAGUACUAGUCAACGUAGUGUACCUCCAAUCUUUGG